AUGAUAAAAUACCUACUUCUUAUCAGCCGACAGGGCAAGCUGCGCCUGGCCAAGUGGUAUGUUGCGUAUUCCAAAAAAGAAAAGGCCAAAAUUGUGCGGGAGGUAUGUCACCUCGCUCUGGGUCGUUCGGUGCGGCUUUCUAAUGUGGUGGAACACAGAGGCAACAAAUACAUUUGUCGUCGUUACGCCUCCCUUUACUUUGUCGUUUCCAUCGAUCACGACGAUAACGAGCUCAUUGCUUUGGAAGUCAUCCACCACUUUGUAGAAAUAUUGGAUCGCUACUUUGGCAACGUUUGCGAACUCGACCUCAUCUUCAACUUUCAUCGUGCCUAUUUUGUGCUGGAUGAGGUGAUGUUGGGCGGUGAAUUGGAGGAUAGCAGCAAACGCGCGGUGCUAAAGUACAUUCAGGUGCACGACAGCGUCUCGGAGGAGAGUGAGCAGUCUGGGUCGAACGGUGCGGUGGCGGCUUUGGCGGCGACCGUGGGCGCACUCAAAACUUCAUAG